AGAUACUGCUAUGUAGAGGUCAGGAGCAGAGGCUCUGGAGCCAGACUGUCUGGCUUUAAAGCCUGGCUCUGCCACUUAGGAGUGUGUGACCUUAUGCAAAUUACUUGCCACUGGUUUCCCAUCUAUAAAAUGAGGAUAAUACCAGUUCCUAUCUCUUAAAGUUGUGGGAGGUGUAUUAGUCGGCUCUGCUGCAGGACCACCACCAAAAAUCUCACUGGCUACAACAAGAGCAUUUAUUUCUGUCACAUGUUACUUGUGGCUGCAGGUGGGCUUAUAUGGCUCUGCUCCACAUGUCUUCUCCUGUUUGGGACAUAUUAUUCUUGAGGCAAAGGGAAAGAAUACAGUGGUGGCAGGAACACAGUGACCCAAAGCUGCUUCUGGGAUGUGGUACACUUUGCGUCCACUCUCAUGCAAUUGACCAAUGCUAGUCACAUGUAAAGUCAACAUCACUGGGACGACAUAUCGUUUGCUAGGAGGCACUGAAAGUCACACAGCACUAAACAGGGAUGUAAAAUCCGAGAAAGGCAGAGCAAAUGCUCAGGAACAGUCAUACCACAGGAAUCUUGAACGAGGUACUACAAAUGCUCCGGACAGUGCCUGCCACACGCUAAGCAUUCAGUAAGUGCCGACUGUUAUUAUACUAAUAAGUAAUGGAAGGCAUACAACCUUCUCCCUGUUUUCUCUCCCCCUUUCUUCUUUUCCCUUUAUUCUUCCUCCUCCUCCCCACCCAAUAUCCUUUUCUAUCUCUGGCCUCUCUCCAUCCUUACCUUCUACUCUGUCCACUCUUAGCCACCCACACCCCUUUAUUUCCUGACUUUCAUCUCUCUCCUUUUUAAAAUUCAUCUUUCUUUACCCAAUUAUCUCCCUUUCUAAUCUACACAUCUCUGGGUCUUCUGCAGCUGGCCCGAUGGUUUUCAGGUACAGGAAAAAGGGAUAACCCACCUUUAUGUGGGACAGGGAAAGAUUUAAUUAAUGACUGUCUUACUAAUCAAAUAUUUUUGAAUAAAUUUUAUCUUACUAUUUUAAUGUGCAUAGAGCAAACAGUCCCAGCAGGUCAUAUUUGCUCUUGAAACUUCCUAAACUAUCUCUGGCCAUACCCCCACUCUCUCCAACCACUAGCAUCAAUCACUUAUAACAAUAAUAAUAAAAGUAAUAUCAAUGUGUUAUGCAUUGUGCUAAGUGCCUCACAUUAUCUCAUUUAAUCUUUGUAACAGUCUAGUUUUUAUCUAGAUUACCGACUGGAAAUUCCUUAUCUAGGCCUUAGUCAGUUUCAUGCUUUGCCAUCUGCAGAGCAGAAAGCUCCAGACUGAAGUCUGAACCUUUGAUCUAGUGUGGCCUCUGCCAUCAACUCUCUGUGUCACUUCAGGCAAGUCUCCCUCUCUCAGCUUCAUUUUACUGAUCUGCAAGACAGGAUGAUCCCUGCUUCAUGAGACUGUAGUAAAGAUGAAUGACCAAAGAAUAGAUAUAAAGGCACUUGUAAACAAUGAGGCAUCCUGUACAUUCAUUCAUUCAACAAAUACUGGCUGAGUUCCUGCUACCUGCUGUUCUCAGCAUUGCAGACCCAACCAAGAACAGGAGACAGAUCAUGACAGCUGUGUGUGCCACUAUGAGGCCAGCGGUUUUUGCUCUAAUGACAUGGGAAGUCUGUGAAGGGUUUUGAACAAAAUGAAUGACAUGAUCUGACGUGGGUUUCAAGAGGGAGACUAGUCAGGAAGGCAACACAAUAAUCCAAACAGGAGAUGACAGCAGCUUGGUGGAUGUUCUAACAGUGGAGGUGUUGAAAGUGGCUCAAUUCUGGAUAUAUUUUGAAGAUAAAGCCAACAAAAUUGCAGAUGGAUUGGAUCUGGGUUUGGGGUGAAAAAACAGACAACAAUGACAUCAAGAGUUUUGGCCUGAGCAACUGGAAAGAUGGAGGAGUUGCCAUCAAUUUGCUGGGAUGCAUGCUGCUGAAGGAACAGGCUAGGUGACUAUCAGAAGUUCAUUUGGGGGAUGUCCAUCACAUACAAAUGGUACUGGGUAACUAGUUGGAUAUACAAAUCUACAGUUCAGUAAUAUUUGCAUCCCAGGGUCAGACUGGAGUUGCCAAUUCGGAGUCUUCAGCACAUAGAGACCGCAUGUGAAACCGUUAAACUGGAGGAGGUCCGCAGGGGAAGGAGGCCACCAGAGGACGGACGCAGCGCCGCCACAUUGGCUGAAGAGGAGCCUGUGGGAGAGGAGAAGCGGGAAAGAUCGUUACUAAAGAAAAGCAAGGAGGUGGGCCCGGGACCAUAGAGGGUCGCUCCGCCACGUUCCUAGAGCGACCGCGGUGGCGCCGAAGAGCCGCAGCCCGCACUUCCGGCAGGGCCAGGGCACCGAGCGGGAGAGAGAGGGCGGCGGCCAGCCCCGCGGUGAGUGGCCCGCCCGGGCGCGAGCUGCCUCAAGCGCGGUGGGGCGGGCGCUGCCUCGGGCUCCGCUCCCCGUGCCGCAGGGAGGGCUCGGCGCCGGGCCGGGGGCGGUGGCAGAGGCAGCGGGGCGGAGGCCUUCACGGGGCCCCAGCGAGUUGCGGCGGGAGACGGCCGCGCAGGUCCCUUGGGCCGCAGUCCUUCCGCCUUCCGCCGUGCGGCGCGUUGCCGGGCUGCAUGUACUGAACGAACACUCGGUCACCGCAGGGCUGUGCUGAGCCAUUUACAGAUUUUGACUCAUUUAAGCUUCCGACACUCUGAUGAUGCAGCAGCUCUAUUGUCAUCCCAGUUUUAGGUAGGAGGUAACUGAGGCACAGUGCAGUGACGCGGGUUCGCGCGACUGGUAGCCCGUGUCGCUCAAGUUUACCUUCGCACCCGCCCCUGCCGUCCAGUUAUGCUGAGCACCGUCCGAGCGCUGGACUUGGCGCUAGAAGAAAAUUCUGAGCUGUGUAGCUCUAGGAAGUGAAACAUUAGUUCAGAAGAAGAGAGUAGACUCUUAACACAUUUGGCUCUUCACCAUGCGAUUAGGAAAACCUAAGGGUGGUAUUUCUCGGAGCUCAAGCCACGGAAAAGCCUCUGAGAACCAGCGCAAAACCAUCCGGCAGCGGCAAAAAUGGGGAAUGACUGUUCCAUUUAUCUCAAACUUGAGUAGACUGAGAAGAAGCCUGGAUGAGAAGCCCUAUAAAUGUACUGAAUGUGAAAAGAGUUUCAGUCAGAGCUCAACUCUUUUUCAACAUCAGAAGAUCCAUACUGGAAAGAAAUCCUAUAGAUGUGCUGAUUGUGGGAAAAGUUUCUUUCAGAGUUCUAAUCUCAUUCAGCAUCGACGGAUCCAUACCGGGGAGAAGCCCUAUAAGUGUGAUGAGUGUGGAGAAAGCUUUAAACAGAGCUCGAAUCUCAUUCAGCACCAGAGAAUUCAUACUGGAGAAAAGCCCUAUCAGUGUGAUGAGUGUGGCCGCUGUUUCAGCCAGAGUUCCCACCUUAUUCAACAUCAGAGAACCCACACGGGGGAGAAGCCCUACCAGUGCAGUGAAUGUGGCAAGUGCUUCAGCCAGAGCUCUCAUCUUAGGCAGCACAUGAAGGUGCACAAAGAAGAGAAGCCUCGUAAGACCCGGGGCAAGACUAUUAGGGCAAAGACGCACUCAGUAUCAUCUUGGAAGGCUGGUACAGGAAGGAAGUCAGUGGCUCGUCUCCGCUAGGUAGAGGACACUACUUCAGCCAUCUUUUAAAAAAAUAAAAAGUAUCUGUUUUAGAACUGGAGAUACUUUAUAAUAGACCACUUCAGUACGGUAUCCUUUCCCAGCAUGGAGACAUUGGGAGUUUAAUGAGGUUGGUAUGAAAGAAAUUACAUGUGUCCAGCUGUCCUCAUUUUUUGUGUGUGUAACAUGGAGUACAAGGAACUGAAAAUAUCUUUUGAGAUAAUAUAAGAUCCUUGACCUCAUUUGAAAUUGCUUCCUGCAUCAUUAUGAGAAAAUAAUCCUGUUUUGAUGACACAUGUAAAAGUACAGGAAUUCCAAUGACAACUCGAUUUUAGGACUUUCUGUGGAAUCAGUACUUUAAAAGGGAGAAGAAGUUAAUUCCAUUAGUUUUGGAGUUCUGCAACAGAUAAGGACAUUUUGUGUUUGUAAAGUUUUUGUAGUAUAUUAACCGUUGGUUUGUAAGUAUCACUCAAGGGUCCAUAUAUUAAAAUGUAUUCAUGUUCACAGAUUUUUAAUCAACAAGGCCCAUCACUGUAUGUUAGCUUUCUUUUGUUUCUUCUCUUCUGCUUAUGGACAAUUAUUAAUUAAAGGUGUAGAAUUUCUCUGUUUUUCACCAAAUUCUUAGAAAAAGGCACUCUAGAAGCCAAAGUGAGAACUGAAUUAGACCACAAGUCUCCUAUUCCUACCAAUACCGUUCUUUGUGAUGGUCUUACUCAGUGUCACUUGUUUUCUGGAAGUUGGGAUGGGUUUAUGUUGAUCCGUCCAUCCCCAUGGCUUUGAUUUCUUUAGUGGCAUUCUCUUGUGCUCUGACAAAGUGAGCUAGCCUUUUAGAUCUACAUGAAUAAAUAAUUAAACCAUAUUUUACCGAAACAAUCUCCACUUGCUAAUUAGAAAUUAACAAUUUUCAACCUCUAUGUGUUUCCCAUUGAGAGCUUUAGGAUAACCCUGGUUAUCUUAAAUGAAUGUUUGUCAACAGCAAAAGUCAUUUAAUUCAAAUGUCAGUGCUUGUAGCUCAAUGUGUAGAUUUUGAAAUCUGUUAACUUUUUGUGAAUUAUGUGAAUUAUUUGCCGAGUCUAGUAAAUGUGUGUCUUCCAUCAGAACAA